AGUCGGCUUUUCGCCAUCGCGCAUCGCCAUCUCAUCGAUACCUGUUCCGACGACAUGGCUGCGAUAGAGAGCUUCGAUAACAUCUACCUGGACUUAUCCCGGGAAAAUGGCAAGUGCAGGUUUGCCGAGAACGGUUUAGGCUGGAAGCCGGCGGGCGGCGGUGACACCUUCACACUCGACCAAAGCAGCAUCGGCGGUGCCCAAUGGAGCAGAGCGGCCCGAGGGUACGAGGUGAAGAUCCUGCUGAGGAACUCGGGUAUCGUCCAGCUGGACGGCUUCCAACAGGAGGACUAUGAGCGCCUCGGCAAAAUCUUCAAGAACUGGUACAGCACCAACCUUGAGAACAAAGAACACUCCAUGCGUGGCUGGAACUGGGGCAAGGCCGAGUUUGGCAAGGCCGAGCUCUCGUUUAACGUGCAGAACCGACCCGCGUUCGAGAUUCCCUACUCGGAAAUAUCCAACACCAACCUCGCCGGCCGGAACGAGAUUGCCAUCGAGUUUGCCGUCGGCGAGGGCGGCAGGGCAAGCGGCCAGAACGGUGCGGGCCCUGGUAAGGGCAAGAAGGCGUCGGCCGGUAGGGACCAGCUUGUCGAGAUGCGGUUCUACAUUCCGGGCACCACCACCAGGAAAGAAGCCGAAGGUGGCGAGGCCGGCAGUGAUGCGGACGAGGAAGAGAAGAAUGCCGUCACACUAUUCUACGACACGCUUAUUGAAAAGGCGGAGAUCGGAGAGACGGCGGGCGAUGCGAUCGCCACCUUCCUGGAUGUCUUGCAUCUCACCCCAAGAGGCCGGUUCGACAUCGACAUGUACGACGCAUCAUUCCGCCUCCGCGGCAAAACAUACGACUACAAGAUCCAGUACGAAGCCAUCAAGAAGUUCAUGGUCCUGCCGAAACCGGACGACCUUCACUUCAUGUUGUGCAUUGGGCUGGAUCCGCCGCUUCGCCAGGGCCAGACACGCUACCCCUUCAUCGUCAUGCAGUUCAAGCAGGAUGAGGAGGUCACGCUGGAUCUCAAUCUGUCGGACGAGGAGCUCAACGGCAAGUACAAGGACAGGCUGCAGGCGCACUACGAGCAACCGCUACAUCAGGUCGUCGCGUUCAUCUUCAAGGGACUGGCCAACAAGAAGAUUACGGCGCCGGCAAAGGACUUCACAACACACCGCCAGCAGUACGGCAUCAAGUGUUCCAUCAAGGCCAGCGAAGGCUUCUUAUACCUCUUGGAGAAGGCCUUCAUGUUCGUGCCGAAGCCGGCCACGUACAUCUCGUACGAGCAGACACAGUCCAUCACAUUCUCGCGCGUGGGAGGCGCCGUCACUGCUCUUCAGACGUUCGAUAUCACGGUUCACAUGAAGUCGGGAGCGGGCUCUUCGCAAUUCAGCAACAUUAACCGUGAAGAGCUGAAGGCGCUGGAGGACUUCUUCAAGCUCAAGGGACUGCGGGUUAAGAACGAGAUCGACGAGGACUCUAAGCUCGCGGCCGCGGCGCUGAGAGACGACGACAUGGCCAGCUCGGACGAGGAGGUGGUCGGGGCCAAGGCGGACCGCGGCUCGGCGGACGAGGACGAGGAGAGCAUUGACGAGGACUUCCAAGCCGAGUCUGAGAGCGAAGUCGCUGAGGAGUACGACAGCAACCACGAAAGCGACGGCUCUGGCAGCGCCGAGAGCGACGUCGACAAUGAAGUCGACGACGAUGAGGAGGACGAGGAUGAGGAUAUGGAUGAGCCGGAGGAGGACGAGCGGCCGAAGAAAAAGAGCAAGACCGGUUAG